UGCUCCUCACGACUUUCGUUUUCCCGCCGGGGAAAACUUCGGCGCCGCGUCCAUCUCCAGGCGGCAGGCGGGGGCGCCCUCCCUGAGCCGCGCGGGGAACCGGGCUGAACCCUGGCCUCUCUCCGCGCCUGCAGGAGCCCCGGGGCCACCAGAGCGCGCGGCGGGCGGACACAGCGUCACGGGUCGGGUGGGCGACCGCGGCGCGCGCCUAGCAGACGCCGCAACUUCGGGGCUCCCCGCGGCAGCCGCCGCCUGCGGCCAGACGCGGGGAAGUUCCCCGAGGCCAGCGCGGGGAAAGGGCGGCGGGCGGCGGGCGCGGAGCGUGUCCUGGAUAACGGGCGCGGGCCGCGGCGCCGGCUUCCUGGGCUCGCGGGCGGAGUGGAGCCGCCAGGCUGGAGUCGCGAGCGCGCCGGCGCCGGGCUUUCCCGGGACUCUCCCCAAGUGCCAAGAAGCGGCUCGUGGGCGCGCCCUUGCCGGGAGCAGGGGCAUCCCGCCGUCCUGGCCCUUCAGAGCCCAGCGCCGCCCAGCCUGGCCCGCGCCGCUGCGGGGCGCAGGGGGCCCGGGGGAGCUACUGAGCCCGGCUUCGUGACGCUUGCCUUUCGGAGCCGCUUGCCGCUUCUCCGCAGCCCUGGACCAGAGGGGACAAGCGAUGCUGCCCGAGCCCCCGCCCCUGGGCUUCGGGACAGGGACGCGGGGCGCCUGAAAGGACUGCUACCGCGGCUUCUGCGCCAGGGCAACCGGGGCUGGAGGGGGCCUCCGAGUUGUUCUUUGGGGGCGGAAGCUGCGGGCCGCGCCUCCCAGGCCGCGCCCUUCCCAGAGACCAGUUUCUGGGCUUUUUAAGAUCAAGUUUUUUGUGCCGCAGAGCGGGCCGGGAUCGUCUCCCUGCGAGGUGGCGGUGCCUACCACAGCGGGUCGGGAGCUUCUGGGAUCCGAGCCGAGAAACGGGACGCUCGAGUCCAUUUGCAGUCUUCACGUAGGAAACGGUGCUAGAGCAACAAACCAGAAGAUUAACAGAGUUGGGGCUAAUAUAAUGCGUUUAAUUGUCUCAUGUGAGUAGACAGAAGUCGCCCUUUUUGAUCUUGCAUUCAUAAAACAUGUCCCUAUUAAAGCAUCAAUAAACCUAAAACAUUCUAGAAACUAACAGUUCAUUCUGACAGCUUUUGUUGAUAGUCUCUUAAGGAAGUAAAAUCUUUAAAAGUGAAAAAGUGAAUCAUUAUAGAGAGCAUAUCCUAUGUUGCACUUUCUAAGGAUCCAAUUUUGUGUGAGAAAUGACCAAUUAAGAUGUGUUGUUGAUUUAUCUCUUUCUGGUAUCAGGAGAGAAACAAUAGCCAAGGAACUGUGUGGCCGCUGAAUUUUCUAUGGGGAGACCGAAAGGAGUUUCCUGCUGCGGGGUGGUGGUGGGAUGAGAAGGUUUAUACUCUUUUCUUUGGGGGAAAAAGUUUAUACUGAUUUGCUAAAUGUCACAUCUCCUGCACAGAGGUAGGUGGGGUGAAUGGCAUAGUCGGGCAGUCAGAGUUAGCACUUUAUGGCACCUGGCCAAGUGCCUUCAAGAUAAGCAGGCCAUAAAUACAGGUGCUUCCCAAACUGACUUUGAAUGACCUAUGGUUGUUUUCUAGGAAGGGAGGGGGAGAGAGAGCAGGUAGAGGGCCCUGUACCGGACGGUGCUGUUUCUGCCUCAUCCUUGACCCACGCGUGCUGGGUGCAUGACCUGGUGACCUGGGGCUUAUCACAGCACCACAUAGGAGAGGUAAAACGGAGUCAGCUUCAGGGGAUUUCCUUCUUAGGCUACAAGGCGGGAAGAAAGCAGUGGGACAGUAAAAAUGAGCAAAGCAAGGCUGAAAAGUGAGUUCUUCAGGCCACCUGUGUUGAGCACUGGCUGUGAACCAGGCGCGCUGGCUGCUGUGAGGCGCAGAUGUGCUGCAGCUCACUGCAUCUGUGCUGAGGCAGGAGGCCUUGCUGGGGAGACUGAAGGUGGGCUCAAGGAUGGGUGGGAGCUGUGUAAACUUAAGCAGCCAUGGGGGAGGGGAGAGGUGAGAAAGGGUAGUAUUCCCAUCCCCGGGAAUGGUGUUUGCUGAGACCAGAGGAGAGGAGAGCCUGAGAGGUGGAAGAAAAGACAGGCUCAGUAUGACCUGAGGGGAGGAUGGAGAAUGGCACCGGGGAGGCCAGCAGAUACCACUGCCAGGUGAUGCCAAGGGGCAUUGUGGCGAGUGGAUCCUCAGGACAGUUUCACACCUGAUAGUACGCAGAUGAGAUAUGGAUUAAAAGCAAAACAAAACUCCAGCUGCCCCGUGGAGAAUGGACUUGAGGAGCCCCUAAGUAGACAGGGCUGGGUCAGAGGGUGCAGGAGGCCUGGCAGUUGAGACUGAGGUAGUGCCAGUAGGGAUGACACGUUGGGCGGAUUCAAGGCCAGCUCUGGAGAGACCUGGGGCUGAGUUUUGUGUAGGGUGUGAGAGCAGAUGAAUUUUGUGUAGGGUGUGAGAGUGCAGCGUGACUCCCUCUAAGCUUGGUGCUGGUAUUUACGGAAACAGGGAACACUGGAGGAGGAAAGACAAGUUUGGUUUUAUUGGGUCUGGGCAGCUUUCAAGGCUCCUAAGUGGAAUGGCUUCCCUAGUGGCCACAUAGUGCACUCGCUGGCUGACUCUCCAAAGAUGGUGGUCCUCUGUACGAGGGGUGUGGUCUGAAUCCUGGGGUGGAUGGGGUGGGGCAAGGCGGUGGUGUCUGAGGACUGGAAGCUGCUCCCAGAGUGAGAGGUGGGACAGAGGGCUAGGUACUUUAAGAUGAGGGAGCCUUAGACAUAUGUGAAUGCGAUGGAGCGAGUUGGAAGGAGAAGCUGAACACACAGGAUGUCUGGAUCCCCUCCCCCUUGGAUUGCGAUGGUAUUUUGAUAUCAAGCUCAUGUAAUGUAAACUGUCAACAUCUUACAGAAACAGUGUUUUAAAGCACGUGUGACUGUGAGUGAUUUACUUCACAGAUCAUACAAAUGUAAUGUUUAGGAGAAACAUGGAUGAUAAUCACGCAACAGAGAUGCAGCAUGGCUAAGAGCAAGGCCUCGCAGUGAGACUGCUGAGCUCCUGGGUCUGACUCUGUCACUGCCUAGCUUAGGACCAGGCCCAAGCUUCCUGACAUUCCUGUCUCAGUUUCCUGGUCUCUGAAAUGGCACCACACCUAAGGGGUACGUGCUCUACAGCACCUCCUUGUGGGCUGUUCUAAGGAUUGCCUGUGUGCAUUAUGCAAGCACAUAAAGUGCUCAGUAAACCUUAGUGCUGGUGGUUUUAUUAUCAUGAUGCCAUUUCUAUCAUUUCUGGUUGUAGAAUCUGAAACCUAGAGAAUGUUGAGAACCUGUCCAAGCCCAUACAGCCAAGGAAUGGCAAAGUUAAGGCCAGGAUCCGAUUUGCCUGACUCACAAGGCAAGGCACCUUCUACUUAAUGUGUCAACAAGUGUCAGGUGCUCGAUGCUGUAUAAAAUUAACUGUAAUAAAGGGAUCCAGUCACUGCUUGCCAGAGUGUAGUGAAGCAAAGCAAAUAACAUCAACAUUGAGGCUUACAGACUUUUCUCAAGCAAUUUAGGUAUGUUUUGUAUUAAUUUGCAUUACUUUGCAUGUCAUUUAUAUGCAUUCCCAUAUGCUUGUAAUUUUCCUAGUGGGAUCUAAAGACUGAAGCUUCAAGUAUAUAAGAGAAAAGAAAAUCAGGAAUUGAAUGCAGCUGUUUCCAUCCUAAUAGAUCUCUGGGGAUGGUGGGCUCAGUGUGGGCAUUUGGAGACAGGAUUGGAUCAGUAUUUACUAUUUUAGAUGUGGGGAGCCAGAUAUCAUUUGAUAAAGGUAGCUCACAACUUAAUAUGUUAUGAAGUUUGAUCUGCUGAACGUAACAGAAAAAUACAGGCAAAGUGGAAGAAGACCAGAGGAAAAAUGUCUACCAUAUAAGAUGCCAGAAAAUGAAGCAGAAACAGAAGUCUGCUUUAAGAAGCUGAACUAAUAAGAAACACUAAGGGGCAGAAAGUAAAGAUUGAAUUUCUGCUAAGCGAUAUGAAAUGUUAGAAAGAACAUAAUCUUAAUCACAAAUGUGUGAGGCUUCAAAACCAGUAAAUUCUUCCCAAUGUGGAUUUACUGAGAAACAGGCCAUCGGGUCUUAGUGGAAUCUUAGAACUACAGAGUAUUACAAAAACAAACUACAAUUUUGUUACUUAGAGCAGCGGUUCUCAAAGUGUGGCCUCAGGACCAGUUACAUCAGCAUCGCCUGGGAACCUGUGAGGCUCAGCAAUUUGUGUUUUAAUAAGUUCUUUAAAUAUUUAGAGCCAGCUUUCACUCCUCUAUUGAGUCAUUACUUCUUCAGCCUUAACCUUUCCAGGUCCGUCUUGUGGUCACUAGCUUCUCACUGGGCUGCUUAACUUCUAUCAGUUACUAUCCAGCAGAGGGAUGUAGCCAGACACGAACUCAUUUCUCAGGGUGUCUGCUCAGUACAGAGCAGAGUGGGUUGGUCCCUUCCUUAGUCCCAAGGUCUAAACUGUGGAAAUGCUUUCCUCUUUGGGUGGUACUAUUCAUAGAAACAGGGAUUCGCAGCCUGCAUUCAGCUUUCGCAUUUUGCAGCUUUGUGGUCCGCAUGCUGUCCAGGAGCACGAUGGUUUUGGUUUUGUUUUUGUUUUGCUGCAUUUUGUUUUCUUUUGACAGUCUCGAACUAAACUGUGACUCAUGCCAAAUGUAUGGUCAGCCAAAACACUGAACUGUCCUCUAGAGAUGCUCUUGUCAAACCACGUUUCUCCACGAACCACAAUUCUCCAUGAACCAGGUUUCUCAAUUAACGAAUACAGUUAAUUUUUUGCAUGUGUUAGUUUUGUACUUCUCUCUGUUAAAAUUUAUCUUACUAGAUCCAAGUAAUCUGCUUGGUUCCUAUUUCUGUUAUUUUCCAUAUAAGCUGAGUCUCACCUUUGUGUCCUUUGCCAAUUUGGGUGCUGAUAUCCUGGUUGAGGGGUUAAUAAUAACGUGAGCAUCUUUGUUAGAGGCCUUCCUCACAGUUAAUGAGGCUCAAAAACUUGGCAUCUUUUGCAGUCCUUCUGGGUUAACAUCAGAGGAAUAGUUGUCAUCAGUGCAAUCAUUGUUUGCAUUUAAAUUACUGUUAUUCUAAAGUCCUCCUGCACAUGGUUUCUCUUUAUAGGGCCCAUGUUCUGGAACUGCAUCCUCGGUCACUGUCCCAGUGCAGCCAUCUGUAGCACCUCCUCAGUAACUGAUGGUGAUGUUCCUUUCCCUAUGCUGUUUAUACCAUCAGCCUGGGGUUUUCUUUGGAGGUGACACAAAGAAUGAAGAUAUUCAAAUGUUAUUUUAAACAUACCCUACAGCAGAAAGUUUUCAUCCUGUUUUUAACCCUAUGGCUGCUCUCUUUGUUAAAGCUUCUAAAUGUGAGACGACUCUUUCCGCAAAAAGACAUUUACUUGGUUGAGUACUCCCUAAGUACCUCGCCUUUUGUAAGAAACAGAUACACUCAUGUUAAGGAUGAAGUCAGGUAUGAAGUUAACUGUUCGGGUAUCUAUGAACAAGAGCCUUUGGAAAUUGGAAAGAGUCUGGAAAUAAGAAGAAGGGACAUCAUUGACUUGGAGGAUGAUGAUGUUGUGGCAAUGACCAGUGAUUGUGACAUUUAUCAGACUCUAAGAGGUUAUGCUCAAAAGCUUGUCUCAAAGGAGGAGAAAAGCUUCCCAAUAGCCUAUUCUUUGGUUGUCCACAAAGAUGCAAUUAUGGUUGAAAGGCUUAUCCAUGCUAUAUACAACCAGCACAAUAUUUACUGCAUCCAUUAUGAUCGUAAGGCACCUGAUACCUUCAAAGUUGCCAUGAACAAUUUAGCUAAGUGCUUCUCCAAUAUUUUCAUUACUUCCAAAUUAGAGGCUGUGGAAUAUGCCCACAUUUCCAGACUCCAGGCUGAUUUAAAUUGCUUGUCGGACCUUCUGAAGUCUUCAAUCCAGUGGAAAUAUGUUAUCAACUUGUGUGGGCAAGAUUUUCCCCUGAAGUCAAAUUUUGAAUUGGUGUCAGAGUUGAAAAAACUCAAUGGAGCAAAUAUGUUGGAGACGGUGAAACCCCCAAACAGUAAAUUGGAAAGAUUCACUUACCAUCAUGAACUUAGACGGGUGCCUUAUGAAUAUGUGAAGCUACCAAUAAGGACAAACAUCUCCAAGGAAGCACCCCCCCAUAACAUUCAGAUAUUUGUUGGCAGUGCUUAUUUUGUUUUAAGUCAAGCAUUUGUUAAAUAUAUUUUCAACAACUCCAUCGUUCAAGACUUUUUUGCCUGGUCUAAAGACACAUACUCUCCUGAUGAGCACUUUUGGGCUACCUUGAUUCGGGUUCCAGGAAUACCUGGGGAGAUUUCCAGAUCAGCCCAGGAUGUGUCUGAUCUGCAGAGUAAGACUCGCCUUGUCAAGUGGAAUUACUAUGAAGGCUUUUUCUAUCCCGGUUGUACUGGAUCUCACCUUCGAAGCGUGUGUAUUUAUGGAGCUGCAGAAUUAAGGUGGCUUAUCAAAGAUGGACAUUGGUUUGCUAAUAAAUUUGAUUCUAAGGUGGACCCUAUCUUGAUUAAAUGCUUGGCAGAAAAGCUUGAAGAACAGCAGAGAGACUGGAUCACUUUGUCCUCAGAAAAGUUAUUUAUGGAUAGAAAUCUCACUACCACAUCAUGAUAGUAAAAUCAGGAUGGAAAUAAGAGGGUGCCUGAUAAAUGGAGUCAGUAUGGAAUUGAAUACUAUACUAUGCCCAAUACUGUUUAAACUCAGUCCUCCCAUAUUUUAAAAGGUGUCCAAAAUUCCAUACACAAGGGAAAGUGAUCUAGCCUUUGAUGUUAUUAGCCUGCAGUUGGCUAGGUUUUUUUAAUAUUUGUUUUUGCUUGUAAUCUCACUGAGCUAAAUCAGAGAUCUUAAACAUUCAGUCAGUCAUCAAACAUUAUUGAGCACCUAACUAUAUGACAGGCACUUUUUUAGAGACUGCGGCUUAUCCUCAUCAUAGCAACCUCGGUAUCUUUAAGUUCUCCACAUAACAGUCAGGAUUCUACUGAAGAAGCUUUUGAAGUUUGUGGUAAUCGUCUGAUCAUAUAAACCACCCAUUUCAGAGUAGUGUUUAAGUACUGUGACCAACACUCCACUUGUCUCUUAACUCAGCUUCCAAGACAUUUCUUAACCAUUAGAGCAGAGGAGGAAAGACUCACUACCUCAGAAAAAUCUCAAAGAAUAGUCCAAUUUCCUGCUUGCCAAAGCAUAAUCUGCCUUUUGGUGCAUUACUUGGUCAAUUCAGGGUUGAGGAGACUGUUGGGGGGCAUUUAUAGUGUAUGAAAGUUAAGGAAGGGGGUGAGGAUGUGGGUUGGGACAGGUAGUACCUAAAGAGGAGCGAAGGGAUUUAUACAACAUUUUUAUCAUGUUACAAAACAGUAUCAUGAAUGGCCUCCUUUUUAGUUCAACUGUUUCUUUAAAAUGCAUUUACUGAUUAAAAAUAAGAACUGACCAAUAGCUCCAAGUGUCACACACCAGAACAUUAAGCCUAAGUCCUCAAUUCAUAAGUUAUCAUUCUAGAUAAGUUUCUUUACAAUGGAAUACUUUCUAUGGAAUCAUUUUAAUUCUGUUGUAUGGAACUAUCAAGCUAAGAGUCACUAAACUUUCUUGAAAAGGUUGUGUGAAAUAUGACAGCUUUCUAAAUUAAUUUUUAUAGUCAUUUAAAAUUUUUUCUUCUCUGGCAACUGUCCAACUGGAAUCCAUAUUUAAAGUGAUAAAAGCUCUAAGUUUCUUGCAGUCUUUUUCUCAGCUUAGUUCCAGAGAGAAAAAAGCUAAUUUUCCUAAGGACACAGCAAGAAUAUUCAUUAAGGAUAUUUUCUAAAACCCACACUUGAGAAAACCACCCAAUGAGUCAAAAAUAUAUAUAUAAUAUAUAUAUGUAAUAUAUAUUUGUUAUAUAUUAUAUA